AUGAGUGUUUUGAAAUUUAGUAAGUUUUACGACUUUAUACCUGACAAUUAUUUGUGUACCUAUUAUGUUUUCGGGAUAUUAAAUCAUUUGUUUUAAAUUUUAGUUGUUAUUUUGACCUUUGCCAGGUUUUCUUACUGUGAAAAUGAGUUAGUGUUUCCAGAAAAAUUUUUGUUCGGUGCCGGCAGUAGUGCAUACCAAGUGGAAGGAUCAUGGAAUACUUCUGGUAAGUCACUACAAAUGAAUAAUUUAAAUUUAUUUUUUUCAACUUUUUAUUUUCAUUAAAUACGUGGUUUUAAAAAUCUUUUAAAGUGCAGGGAAAAGAAGUGUACAGUGUAUAAUAAUAACAAUAAUCAAUUAUAGAAUGCGAUUUCAGCCUGCUACAUACUUAUAGGUAGGUACUUUUCUUUGAACUUUAAAUAUUUUUAUUGAAAACCAAGAAUUUAAUUAAAAUAAAAAGAUUAAAACUUAAAAUUUUUAGAAGAAUAAAAUCUAAAAAAUUGAUAUUUUCAAAUAUAAACUAUUUGUAAUCCUAUUAAAAAAAAUCGCCUGUUAACAGCAGAAGUCCGGAUUUAUAAGUAUCAGAUUCAAAUUACAAUUUUUUUUUUAUCUUCCUUAUAAUAUUUGUUUUAUUUUAAAUAAUUGAUCUAAACUAGUUAUUAUUGACCGAGUUUCAUUACAUUUUAGUUCAUAUGAAUAUCAGGAUUCAAUAUUUCCUGUCAAAAAAUAAAAUGUACGCAUACAAAUGAUUGAGAAAAAAUAAAACAACUCUAAUUAAUCCAAUCCCUCCCUCUCCCACUAAAAUUAUGAAAAAAUGUUUUGUUGUUUUUUAUGUAUGGUUAUAUAGGAAAAACCGAAAGCAUUUGGGACGAUUUGACCCACUACAGGAAACAUUUGAUGAUUUUGAACACAUUCAUUCAACCGGACCAAUCGGACAACAACUGUACCGACAGCAACGACGGCGUAGCAGCGGCCGCGAGUCAAGCUGUAAAUUCGUUUUUUUCUUAUAAAGCACCAGCCAUACCGAAUAACCCAAAUUCCAAGAUAAAGCUCAUCAAGGAUAUUACGAAAAAGUGGUUUAGCAUGAAUUUCACUCAAGCGUUACCACUCCAGAUACAGGACCGACAAAACGUAAUACUAGAGACACCCACAUCUAGGGAGGAAACCGACGAUGAACUGUUAAAAGUCAAACCAAAAUUGAUCAAGUUCUAUAAGGGAGUGCCCAUUUACGAAACGUUGCCGGACAAAUUGUUCCGCCGAAUUCUCAAAUUGCCAAAUAUCAAUGAAAUGUCCAACGAAGUGUUGUACAGUUUGUACACUGCGGGCGGCGACCUCUCUGACCUGGACUCAGACAACGGUGACGUGGCUUGCGAUUCGUAUAACAAAAUCGACGAAGACGUCAAAAUGCUCAAAGACCUCGGG